CCCACUCCUUCGUGUGCUUAAUCCCCAAGAAAGAGGCGGUUGAGGAAAUUAGAGACUUCCGCCCUAUUAGCCUUAUUGGGUGUCUCAACAAGAUUAUCUCGAAGACUAUCUGGGCUAGGCUUCAGUUGGUUGCUGGGAAAAUGGUCUCAAGAUACCAGUUUGCGGGUAGAAAGAAGAAACUUAUCCACGAGGCUAGCCUGAUCGCUAAUGAAGCUAUCGACAGCCGCAAACGAAGUGGUAAGCCAGGUAUUAUUCUGAAGCUUGAUAUUGAAAAGGCGUUUGAUUCGGUAAAUUGGGACUGCCUGAGACAUAUUUUAAGAAACAUGGGUAUGAAUGUUAAGCUGGUUAAGUGGAUCAUGGGGUUGGUGACUUACUCGAAACUAUCUGUCCUCGUUAAUGGGGAAUCGUCUGGUUUCUUCAGUAUGGAACGAGGUCUAAAACAAGGGGAUCCGCUUUCCCCCCUUCUGUUCAGCAUCGUUAUGGAUAUCUUCUCGUUCAUCGUUGAAUCUAUGCAGGAGGCUGGUCUCAUCUCGGGUUUCCACUUUGACAAGUUUGAGCUGCGUGGUCAGGUCUCCCAUCUCCUUUACGCAGACGACGCAAUUGUUUUUUGCAAUGCUACUGAAGAGGAAGUGUUUAAUGUGCUUGCUGCGCUGCUGUGCUUCCAAUCCAUUACUGGACUGAGAAUUAAUCUUGAUAAGAGCAAGUUGUACCCGGUUGGCGAAGUCAGGAACAUUGGGAGACUGGCGGAGAUCCUGGGAUGUGACUGGAGUUUCCUUCAUACUGUAUAUCUUGGUCUUCCGCUCGGUGCUCAACCAACUUCGUCCUCUAUUUGGGAUUCUGUCCUAAUCAAGACGCAAAGAAAGCUCGAUGGGUGGCAGGGCAAUUACUUGUCCCUGGGAGGAAGAGUUACUUUGUGCAAGGCUGUCUUGGCCAGCCAACCUCUUUACCAGUGUUCGCUGUUUCGGGCGCCCGCCAACGUUAUUCAGAAACUCGAGAGAAUCCAGAAGGACUUCAUUUGGUCGGGACCGAGGCAAGAGAAGAAGUUCCAUCUUUUGGCUUGGGAUUCCUGCAAGGCGCCAAAGAAGUUCGGGGGUCUUGGUAUCCUUGAUCUUAGGAUUUGUAACACUGCAAUGCUGGCUAAAUGGUUGUGGAAGUUUUCUCGUGAAAGGGAUGAGUGGUGGAGGGAUCUAAUUAGCAUAAAGUACCCACACUCCUCUUCGGAGUGGAUUUCGGGGGAGAUGAAGACUCCCGUGGGGUGCAGCCCCUGGUCUCAAAUUUUGAAAACUUCGAAGGAUUUCUGGAAGUUCGCGUGGGUGGAGCCUGGGGGAGGUGCGUGGGCCUCUUUUUGGUUUGAUGUCUGGAUCAAGGGUCGACCUCCGCUGGCUGAGAGCUUUCCGAGGGUGUUCGCUGCUGCCGAGUCGCCCUGCUGCCAGGUCGCUGAAGUCCUUCAUUAUGAGGAUGGGCCUCUUUCUUGGGAGUUAAAUCUCCGUCAUAGUCUUCGGGGUGGGGCUGAGGGUGAGAGAAUUGAGCUUUUUAAUCUGUUGCAUUCUGUUCCCUUGAGUUUGUUUUCUGCAGGGCCUGCGAGAAUUACUUGGGAGCCGUCCCCGAGUACCGGCUUUCAAGUUAAGUCUAUGUACGAGAAUUUGUUCAAGGAGCACUUCAACUUGGGUUCCGAGUUCCCCUCAGAGGUUGUUUGGCUGCAGGCUGCUCCCUUUAAAGUUUGCGUGUUCCUAUUGCUGGUUUACCACAACAAGGUUCUGACUCAGGAUAAUCUCAAGAAGAGUGGGUGGUUGCUGCCAAACCGGUGCGCCAUGUGCUGCGAGGAGGAGGAGACCGUUGACCACCUGUUUCUGUCCUGUAGGUACUCGCUCAGCGUGUGGCAAAUCAUGAGGUGUUUUGUGAAGCUUCCUGCGGCUCUGGGCUCGAAUAUCUCUUCUGUUCUGAGGAAUUGGAGCAGAAAAUCACCAGCCUGUCCGCAGGAGUGGUGUUCGAGAGUCUUCAUCCAUGCUCUUUGCUGGCGCAUUUGGCUUGAGCGGAACAACAGAGUUUUCAGUGAUAAUAAGGAGACAGUCAUUGUCACCUGCGUCAGAAUCGGUCGAAGCAUGGUGGACUGGUUAUGCGCACACAAAAAGGUCGACAGGUUGGUUGCUGAAGAUUGGCUGCGUACCAUGAAGAAUAGAAUCCUAUCAAGAUCAGUCGAUGCAUAACACUUGGGUGUUUUUGGUGUGCUGGGUGCCGUUCUGGACUCGGCGGGGCUCUUCGACUCUGCGCCGCCGCUCUUGUUUUGUUUUCUCUGAGUCUUGGUGGAGGCUUGGGGCUGUGUCGCGAGCUGUUGGGGGGGGGGGGGAGUCUCUGUUUUUUGGUUUUGCGUCUGCUCUUGGUCCUGGUUUUGUUUUGGUUUUGCAAUGUCUGCUGCUGUGUUGGUGUGGCCGCUCCCCUCUUGUUAGUUUGGGCUUGCGGCUUUCUUUGGGUUACUUUGGGCUUGCGGAUCUUGAUGUUGGGUGUUGGGUGGCCUUCUCCGUAGCUCGUUAGGUUGGGGCUUGGUCUCGGUGGCCAGCAUGUCUUGCUGUGGCUUGCCUCGCUUUCUUUUUUGGUUUGCUCUGUGUUCUUCUUUCUGGUUUCUUUAUUAAUUGAUUUCACCAUUAUCAAGAUAAUAGCGCUAGUAAAUAGACAAAGUAACA